UUAUUGUGAAUCUUUUAUCGCCAAACAAUUCAAGGAGCGACAGCGCCUGGAGCAAAGACUAACACUAGCGCAAAAUUUAAUUUUCUAAGGGAAUCGACUCCUAGCUCGAUCCUCCUCGUUUAUAACUCACACCAGCUUGAGAGAGGUGCCAAACAUGCACAAACUAUCUGGAGAGACUGUGCGACUUAUAUCCAGUGCUCAAGUCAUUACAUCUGUCGCCAGUGUUGUGAAAGAGCUCCUUGAAAACUCCCUGGAUGCCCAUGCUGAUAACGUCGAAAUCAAAUUGGAGAACUGUGGCAUAGACAAGGUUGAAGUACGUGACAACGGCGAUGGGAUACAGGCCGACGACGCAGACUUCAUGGGUCGCAGACACUACACUUCCAAACUAUCUAACCACGAUGACCUCGAGGAUCUUAUAACCUAUGGUUUCAGGGGAGAGGCCCUGGGUUCUCUUUGUGCAGUAUCCAAUGUUACCAUAGCAACAAAGACCAAGGAUGAGGAGGUUGGAAGGUGCUAUACUCUAGACCAUGAGGGGAUUGCUUCGUCACCGAAGCCAUCGCAAUGCUGUACAGGCACUACCGUGACAGCCUCGCGUCUCUUUCACAACAUCCCAGUCCGAAAACAGUACUACAGCAAUGCCAAGCGACGGAGAGACGAACUCAAGAAAGUGGAAGACCUCCUCCUCAGCUUUGGAGUGGUUUGUCCCGAGGUGCGCUUCUCUCUCAGCCACAACAAGGCAUCUAUCUGGCAGAAGAAUAAAGUCCCUAACAUCAGGGCCGCCCUCUUGAACAUGCUGGGGUCAAAUGUCAUGAGUCAGCUGAUAAGGGUUGAGAGAAACGAUGAAGAAACACAGGUGAAAAUUGAAGGAUUUUUACCCAAGCCUGGUUCAGAUGACCAGUUAACUACCAGAUCUACCGAUGAUCAUACAUGGAUUGCAGUGAAUGGACGUCCAGUAAUCAUGAAAGAUAUCUCAAAGGUUGUAAAGCAGUACUAUAGCCAGGCUCACCCUAAAGCAGGGAAUGUCCGCCAUGUCAUCAUGUGUCUUGCCGUUUCCAUGCCAACCCAUCUUGUUGAUGUCAACCUGGAGCCAAACAAAACCAAAGUGCUCCUUCAAAAUAAUGAUGCUGUAAUUUGUCUGAUCAUUCAGAUGCUAGAGGAACUGUACAAAGCAACUCCACCAGUAGAACCAACCCUCCCAGGUCAGUCUCAAAACCAGCCACUCUCAGGAGCAUCAGCUCAGACUGCUACUGGUGCAACAUGUGAUGUAGACCUUAAACAGGCUGGUCAAGAGUCUACACUUGCAUCUCGUGAUAUCUCUGAAGGCAUGGACCGUGCAGCACCCACUGCGUUCAAUGAUAGUGAAGGUAUAUCAAUGAUCUGUGACAUCUUAGAAAAUUCAGAUGCAUCCAUGAUCGAUGGACCUUCUCAGAACCUCAUGCAUAGUAAGGGAAUAGACGAUAGCCACAUGAAACCUCAACUUAACAAUAUCUCGAUCUUUGAAGAAGAAGGAGAAAAGAUGUUUGUAAAUUGCUUGCAGAGCACACAAUCCAUACCACCAGAGAGUUCUAGAGCGCAGAUCAGCUUUGUAGAUGUUCCUGAUAGGUCUGAAACAAAUGUGAAUUGUGGCAGAAGCCAGGGAGAUGAUACUGGUGGUGAGAUUCUGAAGGAAGACCAUGUUGCUAUUAGCAACCAGGAAUCACUUGAUGUUGGUGCUGGGAAUGGUGAUGAUGCUCUGUGGAGUAAGGGACAAAGUCUUACUGAGCCAAGUGGGAAGAUUGUCCAACCGUCUGUCCUGCUCAUCCCCGGCAGGCAAGAGCCUGCUGUAAGCGAGUCAAGGAAAGCAACUACCUCUACCGAGUCUUCAUUCCAAGCACCCCUACCCUGCUUGAUCCGACUGCUGCAGGAGCCUAUCAACAGCAGUAUUACAAACACCAGGGUUCCUCAAGCCUCUGGAACAUCACGCCUCUUUACAACAAGUGUAACAAGUGCUGAAAAUCAAAAUACCUCGGCUCUAUAUUCUAGAGGACAGACCUCACCUAGUCGUAGCCCAGGGAAGGUGAUAGAUAAGACUGGUACCAGUUCUUCUGUAGAAGCAUCAUCCUGCGAUAGUCCGGGAAGGAUGAAAAGACCAAUAGAAGAAAGGAGUAGUCCGGGAACUCAGUAUGACUUGGUAGGGAAGGCCCCAGUAAUGAGGCCUCAAGAUGCUUUUGCCUUCUUCUUCAAGGAGAAGAAACCUGAAAUAUUGAGACAGCAUCCUACCUUGGAUUUCAUGUCUAUCAAUAAGAUUCUACAGAGACAAUGGGCUGAGCUCAAUGAGGAGGAGAUGAUCACGUAUGAAGAACAAGAAGCUAGAGAUCUCCAAAGGUAUAAAGAUCAAGUAGUCUGUGCAAAGCAGUCUCUUCCAACCAAGGAUCCUAAAACUGGACUACCAGCUAAGAAGAAGAAAAAGGUUGAAAAGCUCUCCAAUCAAAGCCUGAUAGAUGAAAUGCUAGCCUCCCAACGAGAGAGAAAGCAACAAGAGAAGGUCGCUGAAGAAGAGGAGCAGAGACUGGAAACAAAGAUACCCUUUUCUGUCGGUAAACUAAGGGAAGCAGCUCUGCAAUUUCAAGAAAGGUCCAACAUGGAUGAAUGGAGGUUAGUAGGGUGCCUGCCUGGUCAUGGUAUAUGGACGGCCAUCAAGGGUAGACAGCUCUCAGUGUUUAACCAGUACAAAGCCCAGGAGGUUGUGCUUUAUCACAGACUACUGUCUACUCAUAAGCUCCCUUAUCAGAAGCUACCUGUUCCUAUCGAACUAUCAGCCGGUAUGUUUGGUGACCAGAAGAACUGGUACACACUUCUCGGUAUGAAAAGCCAAGUCAACCCAGUCGACCAAUCAAGACUCUUCAUAGAUGAACGUCUUCUACUGAAUGGAUUUGAAAUUAGGCAGCUGAUCGACCCCGACACAAUGGAUGCAAGACUGGAGGUCGUUUCAAUGUCGAUGAAGAUCGUCCCGUUUUAUGGCUUGGAUGACCUGAUUGAGAUAGUGGAAACCAUAGCAAUGCAGAGAGUUCAGUCAGUGAUGCAUUGCAGGCCGCUCAAGCUUUCUAAUCAUCUCAUGGGAGAAGCUGUUCGCAUGGCCAGGUCACUGCCUAACAUCAUGAGUUCAGAGGAGGUCAGUGACAUCAUAGACAGUGUGGACAGUCUUACCAUGUGGAAGAGUAAACUCUGCUUGCAUGGAAAGAGCUUUAUUAAGGAUAUCUUUACCAUUCCUGAUGUGGAGCCAGAUUAAAAAUGUUACGACACAUCCUCUGCAGACAAUGGCCCUGCGGUUUUUUUCUUACUAAUGUUCUAACAAAUGAUUUUGAGCCAGAGAGGAUACUGAAUGGGCAACGAUAACUCCUUAAAAAUUUGGGUUAUUGACAAUAAUUUUCUCAGCAAUUCAAUGUAAGAAUAUGUAGAAUAAGGUUUAACACCAGAUUUUUUUCUUGACGUGGAGGUGUUGUGGUCUAGUUGAUAUGUCACCAGACUGUAGAUCCCAUGGUUCGUGUUUUGAGUCCCGGACUAAUGUCCUUUGGCAAGACAUUAAUCUACAUUUGCCACACUCAACCAGGUGAUGCAUCAGUAAAUGGGUAUCUGGCAGGAAUUAAUUCCUUGAAACGCUAGAGAGCCAUAAUGACAGCCAUGCUAAAGCAGGUCUAAUAAUUGUGGAGCGCCAGGAGUGUCAGAUCUGACACACAUGAGCAAUAUACAAGAAUCCAUUAUUAUCAUGAAGAACUGAUUUUGAAGAUAUUUUAGCCUUCAAUAUUUUUUUGUAGCUUAUGGUCCCCAUCAUGUACUAUAAUUGUGCCUUUGCACAUAUUGAAUUGUCCCAGAUUUAACAGCAGUAUAGGCUAUUGGGGAGGAUUGUACCAUAAUUAUCUGAAAUUGAUGACUUUUAAAAUCAAAUGGCGUAUCUGAUGAUGAAUUUGAUAUAGUAGCACAGACUAUAUAAUCACUCCAUUAAAAAAAAAAGUGAAAAUUGAUUGAUCAAUCAACAUUCAAUGAAAUAAGACUUUCUUCAUCUUUUUAUGCACUGGUGUUUAGAACAGAAACUGCAUAAAGUAAUAAAGAAAAAGCAUAUAUAGCUGCACUCUCCAAAAUAGAUUUUCUUUAUUGAUCAUUUUGUUCAGGUUUGAAGGGCUUUUCUCUCAACUUAAUAUUAAGCAAAAAAAAAUAACCUUUUUCCACAACUAAUUUCCAGACAUGUAAAUAAUGUUUUGCCAAGAGGAUUUUAAAGUGAUCAUGCUUCAGGAGAUAUAAAAAGAGAUGGAAUACUAAUAAUUUAACAAAGAUGAAGACACGUCAUUGGCUUUGUACAAUACACUUUACUAGUAUAUGAUAAUAGCAGCUGAAAAUAACAUGAAUUGUUGUAACGUUUUGUUCAUUUUGUAGUAUACUUUUAUUUCUAUACAUGUAUUUUAAAUACAAUGAGCCUUAUAAAUUUAGUGAUAAAUUUUACUUUGAAAAUGGAAGAAUGCUGUCAACAGAAAAUGUUCACUUUUUGUUGGAUUAGUUGCUUCAUGAUAAUCCGAUAGUGUACCUCUUUGAUCUCAAUCUCAUUGAUAGAUUAGAUUGUGUAAAAGAUUUGUCAAAUAAAAACAACUACAGUUUUAUUUUUAUAAUACUUGUUUUAUGCAUGAACAAUAUACUUAAGGGUAAAUAAUGAGAAUAAAAGCUCACAAAUGCUUACAAAUUCAUGUGAAUCUGUUGUGCAUUUUUGUCAGCGUACUUGUCAACUUGAA